CGGUUCUCGCACUCCCGGCUCGGCACGGCUCCCGGAUCUGCGGCCCCGCGUUCAGCCUCCGGCCGGAUGACGCUCAAGGCGAGCGAGGGCGAGGGCGGGGGCAGCAUGCGCACAGCUCUCUCCGACCUCUACCUGGAGCACUUGCUGCAGAAGCGCGGCCGGCCCGAGGCUGUGGCGCACCAGGCAAAUGCAGUGACCGAGGACAUGUACACCAAUGGCUCCGCUGCCCCAGGUAGCCCGACCCAGGCCAAAGGGCAGGAGGUACGGAAGGUGCGACUCAUACAGUUCGAGAAGGUCACGGAAGAGCCCAUGGGCAUCACGCUGAAGCUGAACGAGAAGCAGUCAUGCACGGUGGCGCGGAUCCUUCACGGCGGUAUGAUCCACAGACAAGGCUCCCUUCAUGUCGGGGAUGAGAUCCUGGAGAUCAAUGGCACCAAUGUGACUAACCACUCAGUCGAUCAGCUACAGAAGGCGAUGAAAGAAACCAAAGGAAUGAUCUCAUUAAAAGUAAUUCCCAACCAGCAAAGUCGUCUUCCAGCACUGCAGAUGUUCAUGAGAGCCCAGUUUGACUAUGACCCCAAAAAGGACCAUCUGAUCCCUUGCAAGGAGGCGGGACUGAAGUUUGUUACUGGGGACAUCAUCAAGAUAAUCAACAAAGAUGACAGUAACUGGUGGCAGGGGCGGGUGGAAGGUUCUUCCAAGGAAUCCGCAGGAUUGAUCCCUUCUCCCGAGCUGCAGGAAUGGCGGGUAGCAAGUGUGGCUCAGUCCGCGCCCAGCGAAGCCCCCAGCUGCAGCCCGUUUGGGAAGAAGAAGAAGUACAAAGACAAGUAUCUGGCCAAGCACAGCUCAAUUUUUGACCAGCUGGAUGUUGUUUCCUAUGAGGAGGUUGUCCGGCUCCCUGCAUUCAAGAGGAAGACCCUGGUGCUGAUUGGAGCCAGUGGCGUCGGCCGCAGCCACAUUAAGAAUGCCCUGCUCAGCCAGAACCCGGACAAGUUCGCGUACCCUGCCCCAUACACGACACGGCCGCCCAAGAAGAACGAGGAAGAUGGGAAGGAAUACCACUUCAUCUCAGCCGAAGAGAUGGCCAGGAGCAUCUCUGCCAACGCGUUCCUGGAGUUCGGCAGCUACCAAGGCAACAUGUUUGGCACCAAAUUUGAAACCGUGCACCAGAUUCAUGAUCAGGACAAGAUCGCCAUCCUUGACAUCGAGCCCCAGACCCUGAAGAUUGUCCGCACGGCGGAACUGUCACCGUUCAUUGUGUUCAUUGCGCCUACUGACCAGGGCGCUCAGACGGAAGCGCUGCAGCAGCUGCAGAAGGACUCGGAAGCCAUCCGUGGCCGGUACGCGCACUACUUCGACCUUUCGCUGGUCAACAACGGCGUUGACGAGACCCUCAAGAAACUGCAAGAAGCCUUUGACCAGGCGUGCACGUCUCCGCAGUGGGUGCCCGUCUCCUGGGUUUACUAAGCUCGUGGGAAAGGAGUACCUGCUCCAUGCCCUUCCCUAGCGGUCUGCUCCGCUCUCCUUGCUUUGUCCGCUCCCAGCGCUCUGCAGUUGUCCUACCUAGGCCAGCGGGGGUCAGUCUUGCUCAAGUUUCUUGGCUGGGCUCUGAGUUUCCUGAGAGACGGAGCCCCAUUGACCGGGCUUCCAGAAGGAUCUCUGGGAAUCUGAAGCCCAUAGUACUAUCAAAAUGCAACUGCUAAUCAGAGAGGAAAGGGCGAUGGCCUCUGCUCCUCCACCUCCACUUACACUGGGCCUCUCCCGCGUCUCAGCAUCUGUAACCUCGACUUUCUAACAUGCCAAACCGAAGCGGCUGUGCAGUAGGAUGUCUGCUCUAGGGAAACCCUCAAAAGCAAUAAAAACGUUGCUGUGUUAAA